UUCAGACCGCAGCUACAGCCGCCACUCCCUGACCCGUGCUGUCCAUCGGGUCCAUUUCUCUCUAGGCAACAGCCUUCAGCUGACACCCCCAGAGCCUGCGGACCCCCCGUCUGAGAUGUCUUCUUUUGGCUGCUGGGGUCUACCUGCAGCCCUUCUCGCCCUGCUCUGCUGCCCAGGGUCUGGAGAGGAGACAUUCGAGGUGCACAUAUGGCCGGAGAAGCUGGCAGUAGAGACCAGAGGGUCUGUUGAAGUCAACUGCAGUACCAGCUGCGCCAAGCCGGAGAAGAUUGGCCUGGAGACUCCCCUGAAUAAGACCCUGCUGAAGUAUGACCCACAGAAUCAGUGGGCGCAGUUCCUGGUCUCAAACUUCUCCCAGGACACCGUCCUGCUUUGCCACUUCACCUGCAACGGCAAGCAGCUGUUGAAAAGCCUCAGAGUCAGCGUGUACCAGCUCCCAACGCAGGUCAUAUUGAAGCUGCAGCCCCCACGGGUGGUUGUGGGUAAACCCUUCACCAUCGAGUGCACAGUGCCAGACGUAAAGCCCCUUGAGAGCCUCACCCUCACCCUGCUCCGUGGGAAGGAGACCCUGCAAAAUCAGACCUUUGGGGGUGCAGCCUUGGCCCCACAAGAUGCCACCACCACUCUCAACAGCACAGCCUCCACCGAAGAUCGCCUCCUCAGCUUCUCCUGCCAGGCUGAGCUGGACCUGCGACCUCACGGCGGGUACAUCAUUCGCAGCAUCUCAGAGCCCCAGAUCCUCGAAGUCUAUGGGCUCCCUGGGCAGGACAGCCAGAUGGUCAUCCUCAUCACGGUUGUGUCCGUACUGCUCUUCUUGUUUGUGACAUCUGUCCUGCUCUGCUUUGUCUUUGGUCAGCACUGGCACAGGACUCGGACGGGCACCUACAGGGUGCUAGCUGCCUGGAGGAGGCUUCCCCGGGCCUUCCGGACACAUCCUGCAUGAGCCACAUGGCCAGCAGCCUGGUGGCUGCUGAAACUCGACUUGGCUUGUCAGGGUGUAGUCCAGCCCUGGCCGAGGGACUGUGAUAGCAGUACAAGGCUCUGGGGACAUUUCCUUUUUUAGCCUGAACACAAAUAUAUGAAUUUAACCUUG